GUGUAUAGCCUUCUUCUGCUGGUGGAACGGGGUAAAAGGAUAAACGAGGAUUACUGUUUUUUUCUGCUUAUUUCGGAAAGGAUAUAACCGAAGGUGAAGAAAAGUGGAGUGUCUCGAGAAAAACCUGAAUCUUGUCCCUUUGGCAGUCGCGAGCUGGUUCUUGGAGGAACAAGUUUAGAACGAAACCGGUUCUGAAAUCUUUGGCAGACGGUCGAAAACGGAGGUGAGAAGAAAGAACGAUUCAAGAUCAAUCGAGCCACACAAGAAGCUGUGACUGACGGCCUUGCAAAAGGGCAGGAUAGAAUUGAUUGGAAAACGUGAAAAACUCGUUACGAGAUGUAUUGACCCCCAAGUGUACAGUGGAAGUGGAAUGCCAGUGGACUGACCAAUUUGUGGUUGAAGUGUGGGUCGUCACCAGUGGAUGUGAGAAUGGUUUCUUGAAAUGAAAAUUUCUGCAAAGAUCGAUCACCGCCACAGAGAUGAACACAAAUACCGAGUGUGUGUUUAGCUUGUUUGCUGUAGGGCUGCCAAGGACGAAGUGAAUGCCAUCCGCGCUAAUGGCUGAACAAUAGUUGGACUGACGUGUUAGUUGAGUAUGUGCUAUUGAUGAGAGAGAGAAGGAGAGAGUGAGAGUGAUUGGAAAACUUACUCUCUCGCCUGUUCGAUGUAGUGUGCGGGCCUUACUGACUGCGAACUUGACUCCUGCUCAACCUGCCACGGUGGGGGUCCUUAUGUACUAUCAACAUUGGUGAGGGGGUCCAUGGCGUGAAGAAUCGCCCUCGGAAAUCGGGCGGAAAGGAAGCUCGCUAGGAUGAACUUUGCCAGCUAAGAAGGAGGAAGAUGUGAACUUCGAAGCUCACACGUUCGUCAUACGUCUAAGACGUUGGUCGGUUUUCCACGUCGGCGAUUUUUCGGGAAACGGUUCAGUGCGCACUGGUAAACUAUCGCUGGAUUAGUGGAAAAGCUGAAGAAAUUCAUUAGCGUUUCUGUAAUCUCCGGUAACGUUCGACGAUAGUGUAAAUUUAGGUGUAAAUAUAGAACAACGAAGUGACUAAGAUAUAUGCUUUAGCAAUUAGCAAAACGGUUACAUAAAUAUCUAAUCAAAACCGGGAGUUGUAAAUAAAAUAUUUUUAAACCUAAUCUAGUGUAAUGUACGUUAUCUCGCAAACUCAACAACUGCUAAUCAAAAAAAUCUAAACCUCCAACUAUUAUAUCAAAGUGCAAUAGCAAAAUCCUAUUCCUAGAACGAAAAUGCAUAAUUUGCUGUUAAGAAAGAUCGAAGAGAAGAAAGACGUCUUAAAGUUACCGGGCCAACUAAUACCAGUGAAAAAUAGUAAGGAGGUGGCAUAGAAAGCUAAGAAGAAAAACAGCCACAUACACUCUCACACAAACAAGCACGGCCGAACACUAUCGAGGAGAGUUGGCGCAGCCUAAGAAUAAGACAGCCGGUGCGUGUGGGAACGCCGGGAAAAAUCUUACGAACACGGUCCAGCUUCCGAAAUCUGCUGCUGCUGCUGCUCUCCCACUGCUGCUGCUAAACAGGGGGUGGCUCCCGAAGAAAACGGAGAGAAAGCAGUAAUCGAUAUUAUAAGAAGCACAGUCCGCGUCAUCGAGCGAACGCAGAAACAGUCAAAAUGAAAGAAAACUCCAUCACGGACGUGUUCGAUGCGACGGAUUUCAAUCCGGACAUGAUACUGUCGAAUGUGUUCCUUGAUCCGGGGCUGGAUUUUAUGACCAGCAUCGACGAGCUCAGUGAGAACAUGAUGGUACAGGAUUUCCUGCAUUUCGGUAGUUCACUGUUUUAUCCUGAGCAACAACAGCAGCAACAACCGGUGGAUAACAGCGGUCAGUUGCAGCAACAACAACAACAAAUCCAGCUGCCGAAUCAGGUUUCUCUGAUGCCAAAUCAAAUACCAGCUCAGCACCCUUUGCAACAGCCGCAGCUUCAUCAGCAAACAAAGUGCACCGUUGAACAGAAACCCCCCGACGGAAGUGGCCGGUAUCAUUUGCAGCAACAAACGACGACCGCACCUAUGACAAUGACCAGCGAUUAUGUAAAGCAGGCGAUCGUACCUCAGGUCGCGACGACACUGGAACCGGCCAAAAUAGUAACACCCCAGCCGCAAUCGUGCAAGUGCGAAUUCUGCGAAUAUCUCCAGGCGAAUCGAAUCAGCUUAGGAGGUUCCGGUGGUUUCGAGACACCGACCGAGUCCACCGGGGAUCAUGUUUUUCAAUGCGAGUUCUGCGGGGAAGGAUUCGUUAAUCAGACUGCCUUCAACAGGCACCGCUGCGGAAGUACCGAUAUUCAGGUGUACCGCUGCGAGUCAUGCCGGAAGGAAUACGGAACAUCUCGAACCGAGUCCAGCAUUAGCCGGCUGGAAGGAAGAGGAAAAUGUGAUAUAUGCAAUAGAAACUACGUGCAAUCAACGCCGGGAGAAGUGGGCGGAGCAACCGUGACGCUUUUUGGGCAGGUUGGACGCCCUGCCCUGGCGGAGGCCUCCAGCUACAGCAGCAAGGCUUCCGUCUCCGAUAGUCCGAUGGAACACGACCUCAGCAGUAUUGAACCGUUUGGUUCGGAUAGUGAAUGUAUUAGUGAAUUGUUAACGGACGAAGUGUCUUCUUCGGCCGCGACAGCGUCGGAACCACAGCAAACGAGUCUCCCACUGGCGAAAACCUACUUCGUGCUGGGAAAUCUAGAUUUACAGCAACAAAUCGCCACCAGCGGGGCGAGCGCUGGAGCGGGAGGAGGUUCCUACAUCCAGAAUGCCAAAAUUAGUAGCGAAUCUAGUGUUACCAGUCUGCACCAGUACGACAAGUACGAGGAUGAAGACUAUUCGUCUAUGUCAGAAGAUGAAGCUAUUGUUCCAAUAGAACCCUAUGCCAAAUCGCCAAAUCAGGAGCAAGCCAAAACCGAGUUGCCAAUCCAGGAAACGAUCAUCGACACCAGCAGCAAUGUUGGUCUGCCGUUCUGCACCGCCGGGCUGGUGUCGAUUGCCUCCGAGGAAGAAGGCAAAUGUGACUCAUCGAGUAAGGGUCCGGACGCGGGCCAACCGGAGCGUCCCUUCAAGUGUCACAUAUGCGAACGUUCCUAUCGAAACCACAAGAACCUGAAGGCCCACAUCAAGGGUGCCCACGAAGGGGUCCGGGCGAAUCAGUGCGAAAUUUGCGGGAAGAACUUCUCCGGCAGUAGCUACUUGGUGAUACACCGACGGCGGCACACCGGCGAACGGCCUUUUAAGUGCAACACCUGCGGGAAGGCUUUCGUCGACAGUCGAGCCUUGUCGGUGCACACCCGGUUGCAUACACCUGGCAGCCGGCUUAAGUGUAUGAAGUGUGAAAAAACUUUCUCCAGCGCAUCAGCACUGACCGUGCAUAACCGACUGCACACCGGAAUUCAUCCGUACAAGUGUGAAAUAUGUGAAAAAACUUUUCCCCAGUACAACAAUUUGAAGCAUCACAUGAAAAAACACGAGGCGGCCACCGAACAGCGGCAGGCAUCCCCUUUGGAAGCCACUUCCGGUCUGUGUUCCAGUAGUAGCAGCAAUAGUAGCAGUAGUAUUAGUGGCAGUAGUAGUUGCGGCAGUAGUACCAUUAGCAGCAGUAGUGGUAUUAGCAGUUCGGGUUCUACGUUGGAGUACAAGUGCAACGUUUGUGGUAAACUGUUUGGAACCUCGGAGGAACUGCAGAACCACCUGAACCAGCACUGCAAGGAUCGACCGAACCAGUGUGAGUUCUGCUCCAAGGUGUUUCCUCGGUCGUCUCAUUUGAUUAUCCAUCGGCGACGGCACACAGGGGAGCGUCCAUUCAAAUGUAAAUACUGCGAGAAGGCGUUUGUGGAUUCGCGGGCAUUGUCUGUACACACCAGGCUGCACACGGGUGAAAGGGUAACCUGUGAUAUCUGCCUGAAAACAUUCGCCAGUAGCUCCGGAUUGAUCGUCCACCGGCGAAUUCACCUGGGCAUUCACCCGUACAAGUGUGACUACUGUCCAAAGUCUUUCGCCCAGUCAACUGCCCUCAAGUAUCACCUAAAAAAGCACGACACCGCCAGUCUGCCCUCGAAUAGCGAGGCCAACAGCCCGGAUGCCACUGCCGUUACACAACAGAACGAUUCCAGCUUGGAACAGCUGUCGGAUCAGUCGAUAAGCUCACCUCAGCUUCCACAACAACACCUGCAACAGCCGCCACAACAAGAGCAACAGUUAAAAACCGGCCACGUUAAGUGUCAGAUCUGCAACAAAAAUUUCCGUUCGGUCGAGUAUUUGGCCCGACAUCGCCGUACGCACUCCGGUGAACGUCCCUUCCAGUGCGAAAUCUGCGGCAAGAAUUUCAGCACAAUGAGCUACCUAGUGAUUCAUCGGCGGCGGCACACCUCGGAACGACCCUACAAAUGCCCACACACGGACUGCGUCAAAGCCUUCGUGGACAGCCGUGCCCUGCAAGAGCACAGUCGAUCGGUACAUUCGAAGAUUCGCGUCCCCUGUGAGACCUGCUCCAAGACCUACUCGAGCGUCAGUAACCUGAUUGUUCACCGUCGCAUCCACAGCGGAGUCCAUCCGUUCGAGUGCGACAUCUGCGGGCGAUCUUUCGCCCAGAAAAAUGCCCUCAAAUACCACCUCAAGCAGCAUGUUAGCAAACAGGAAACGGCGAACAUCCAACUGAAGGCACAACCAUAAAUCUAUCAUUACAUACACGAAAAAAACAGGAACCAAAUCAGUAUUGACCGUAGUUUGUACAGUUCUAGUGUAACCGUAGAGUGCUAUUCAAGCGAUUCCUAGUUUUAAAGUCUUACCAACCAAAUGAAUGUGAGAAUGAAUAAAAAAUCAUCCCUAUAGGAUUAUUGAAAAUUUUAGAAAUCAAAGUAAAAAACAACUCGAAACCAGUGUUGUAGCCGGCCAGCAGGCAAGGUGUUUGUAACAAAAGUGAAACACAAAUGAAAAACCCAAAACAAUACACAAAAGAAUCGUUCCUUAUUUAAAGACUUUUAAGCUAAUUUUUAGAUCUAAUUGUAAACGCGCGACAAAAGCGGACCUCGUCACUAUACAGAACUAGGACAGGUCAAAAACUAAACCAAAGUACGAAUAGGUGUAGCGAAAGACAAAAAAAAAACAAAGAAACAAAGAUACCAGAAACGAAUUUUUUGAUUUAUGACUAUGAAAUUACAAAAAAAAAAACUUAUACC